AUGACCAUCUCCUGUGCUGUAGCCUCUAUAUUAAAAGCCACCUUUCUCAAAUUCCAGAUACCACUCGAGCCUUCAACGCCUACCUCCGUUGUUAGCCUGUACUCAUCACUGCCAAUUAUUCCGCCCUACGCGCUUAAUGUCGCCAUGCUAGACAAGAUAUUAUCUAGAUAUAAGAACGCUCAAAUACACGGAGAGGCUGCUAACUGUCUUACGUGA